GAUCCUGGCUUCUGGAUGGCAGGUACAACCUGUCGAUGUCACUUCGUGGAUGUAAAGCAUGGUACAUAUUCAAAAGUUUCCGUGUUUUCCGGUCCAAGUUUUCCAGUUCAGCCAAAAUCCAGUUGAUGAUUCCAACUGAGUAGCGUAUCACUGGAACUGCCCAUGUAUGAAUGCCUUUAAUUAUGUUUCCAGCAUUCAGCUUUGAUUUUAAUAUUUUGCGGACCCUCCUGAUGUAUUCCUUUUGCAUUGACUCUUUGACUUUUCCAUUCAAAAUGUUAUCUGCUUCCAAUUUGCCUAGGUAUUUGUAACCAUCAUCCUUUGCUAAUGCUUUUACUAUGUUUCCAUUUCCCAGUUCUAUUCCUUCUGUUUUUUCCAUUUUUCCUUGCUGCAUGGAUAAUAUAGCAGAUUUUUCAAGUCCAAAGUUCAUUUUGAUGUCGAUGAUAAUGAUGAUGAUGAUGAUAACAAUAACAGCAGUGGGAGGGAGAUGGAAUUUUUUGGGAAAAAAUAAGGGUUUGCAAAAAUGUGGGGCUAUUUUUCAUGCAUAAACAAAAGCAUACAUACAGGGAACAAACCCUGAACAUAAAUUAUAAACCGAAGAAGUCAGGAAAGAAAGAAAAAUGUUUGCACACACCUUUGUAAAGGAUGUGGCUGUUCUCCCCUGGAGCCAGAUGAGCUGUAGUUAUAUAAAUACACUUGGCACGUGCCUGAUGUGCUGUGUUAAAUAAAUGCAGUCUGUGCACACCCAUGUUGUGACUGCUGUUAUUUAUUCAUUCAGCGCCGUGCGCCUUCAAGGCUGUGCAAAAUUAAAAGUAGAUUUGCAUGCCAUAAAGCAGAUCAGAGGCAAUAAAAACAGGUAUUCCGGGAUCUCUAAUUGCAAAGGGAAUAAUCACCUCUUUAGCAUGGAUCGAAACUUUAGCCAAGUUGAAGUCUGAACAGGAUUCUCCAGAUAAGGCUGGCAAGAGGAUUUUGCCUUCUUUGAAGCCAGUGGGAGCAAACCGGAGGCAUUUGGGGUUUUCUCCACCUCCAGGGGAGUUUUGGGAAACCAACAUUUGGGAUGCAGGGAAGAGCUGUGAACUUUGACCUUUUCCCGGAUAAGCGGAGAUGCCACAGAUGGUCUGGGGAGCCGAUGACGCCAGUAAAUACUGCUUGCAACCUUUGCAUGGUGACUGUAGAGAAACGGAUCAGGGAGGAGGAGGCGUGGACCCUCCAGAAGACCCUCCAGGACGGUGUCUUCCGCUUCCAGGACUGGCUCCAGGCGGCUGAGACGGUGGCCGCGUCUCCCAGGUCCUCCCAGGUGUCCCUCGCUGGCUCCAAACAAGAACUGCAAAGGUUCCAGGCAUUGCAGAAGGACAUCUCGGAGAAAGUAUGGUCUUUGGAGUCCUUGAACCGGCAGUACCGCCAGCUGGUGUGGAUGGGGAACAUCGGUCCAUGCCUGAAGUCCUCCGUGCAGGAGGUCAACUGGCGCUGGGAGGAAUUGCAGACUCGAGCGGCUGCUGUUUCCAGGAGGCUCCAGCAUUUUGUCAACCAAUGGGAGGAGUUUGGACUGAAGAAGGAGACCAUCCAGGUGCGGCUGAUGGAACUGGACUUGCGGCUGACCAACGUCGAGCACUUCUCCGGAGGGACAUCACUGGAGAAAAUGAUACAGCUGCAGGCAUUCCAGCAAGAUGUCCAGACCAACACGGAACACAUCGAUCAUCUCGUGGUCUGCGCUGAGAAUUUGAUCCAGAAGAGCCAACCGGAGGAUGCUGAGAUCUUGGAGGAAGACCUGAAGGAGCUGAUCGGGUUCCACCAAACGGUCUUGUCAAGGGUGUUUCAGUUUCAGCGGCGCCUGGUCAGCAUGCGGCUGGUCUUCGAGGACCAGUGGGAGUCAGAGCGAGACAGCGACGUGGAGUCGGACUGCUUCACGGAAGGAUCGCUGGGAUUUCGCACGGGGGACCCUGAAUCCGCUGCCCUGACUCCUGAGGCUCUUUGGGGCCACUCCACCCCGCAACCAGUCCAGUGUUGCAGGGUUCCCAUCGGGGGCUCCUCGGCUGCAGAUCUGGAGUGGGACCCCUCGGUGGACGUGGGGGGGUCCACCUCGCAGGAUGAAGAUUCGUCGUAUUACAGUGCCGUCAUGGGCUUCGGCCGGGGGGACCAUCUUCGGCGAAGGAGCCGUUCUUGGCGCUGGAGCUGGGGCAGAACGGAAGAAUUUUCGGUGCAGAGCAGUUUCCCAGAGGAGGGGGAGCCCUGCAGCUGCCCGGGGGCCCAUCCAAUGGAAACAGAUGUUUUGGGACAUCCCGCCCACCAGGAGCCAGGAGCUGCUCAGCUGCCCAGGACAGGGGUCUGCUGCCCACCCCUCAAAGCCACGGGGUUUGAUCCCAAACGCAUUGAGACCUGGCUGGACCAGAACUGCCAGAUCCAAAUGGGAAUCCCUCCGGAGAUCAAAGAGGACUCCGUAACCCAUGUGGAUGCGCUCCCACUGGCCAAGGAGCUGCAGCUGCCUCUGCAAAUUCAGAUGAGGGGGAAGAAGGUCCACCGAUGGUCCAGGAAAAAAGGCAAACAGAACCUCAUCCCCAGCCAGUCGGAGAAGGGGCAACGGAUCUCCAAGAUGCUAAAUUCCCGGUCAGCAGAAAUUAUGGUUACUAUUGAGAAAGAAUGUGACCUGCAGCUGCCCACCGAGAUCUGUGCCCAGCCCCAGAAGCUCUGCAGAGCCUCCGUCCUCUGGCUGCUCUUGACCACAACGUUCGCGGUGCUGGUGUGGUUGCUGUGCCAGUCCUCUUUCCUGCCCCUCUCCCAGCCCCCCUGCCUCCAGACCAACGGCUUUGCCAAAUCCUUCCACCUCAUGCUAAAAUACGAGGGUCCGCCCCCCACGUAGAGGAGAUUGGAGGAAGGGGACGCUGCAAUCAACCAAAGUCGAGAGUCCUGUAGGAAAAAUUGGGUUUCUAGGAGUUGGACCGGCUUCUUCUGGACUUCAAGAAGUUGUGUUCCUUGUGCCUACAUUUGCUCAGAGAUAAGCUCCAGAUCAGGAGAUCUGGAAGAUCUCUACAACUACGGGAAGGUAGCUUGGAUUUAGGUCUGGAGAGCCACCUUGGAGUAGUCCCAUGUAAAGAUGGGGCUGACUUUCCUCAAAGAUCAUCUAGCCAUGCAAAGAGGCUGGACAUCAACCUGUGGCCAUGACUGCUCAGGUGGCAUCUACUGACCUUUGGAGAAAGAAGCUCCAGCAAGGUCUGCUGUGGACUGAGCAGAUUUCUGAAGAGAUCCAUUUUGGGUGGGGGUUACCAAAUCUUGAGUAACUUCCAGCUUUGGAUGAUGGGUACUUUUGUACAUGGGCUACCUGUUUUAUACCUUUGGCAUCUGCUAUUUUCUAAUAAAAAAAAGAGAGAAAUGUG